UUUUUUUUUUUUUUUUUUUUUUUGUUGCAAUUCCCACCCCUGAACGCGCCAAUGUUUGGAUGGCUCAGUGGCGGUUGUGCACAAUGCACCACAUUGGGUUUCUUUUAAUUAACAUACUUUACGGUUUACAACACAUGCUCAGCCGUGUUUGGGGGUGCCGGUGCCGGUGCGCACAUAUCGGGUAGUGCCACCGAGCCAAUCUGUUCGGUUUGGUUCGUUUUGACAUGGGAUUACUACUGUACUUGCCUGGCAAGCUUUACAACACAUCCCGGCCGAGCCCAUGAGGGCGGGCCACCGUCCAUCACGUCUAUCCAGUUCCAAAUUAUGGGACGGAUCGGCCAAACGCUAGGCCCCUGGUCUGCAUAGCCGUGACCAGUGUUUCCAACAUGCAGUCUAGCGUCGAUCCAGGACUUAACCUUGGCUCUUCUAGAUUAGUCGACCCUUGUACAAGCUCAGCCGAGAACCGAAUAUGGUCCCGGGUUGGUCCCUUCUUGAUGUUUCCCAUAAGUAAGGGUCCUUGAAUUGGUUUGCCCUAGACUAAAUUGCAUGUUUGAUCGGUUUUAUGACUUGUCACUUAUCACGGCAUUCACGGGUCUCUUGGCUCUUGAUACUCUCUUGGGAUUGACGAAUCGGAGACAAGAGCCCGUCACAAAGUGCAAACAUUGCUUUUCGUCAAGUUCUAGACGAAUCGUAAACCACCGGAGCUCUUUCAGCGGGGUAUUGCUUUUUUAAACUUCAGGCACUCCAGAGCUAUUCCGAAUGGCCAACCCCCCAACGUCGGAAACUUUGCCACGCGGCCAACAUGUCUCUACCAAAGGUGGUGAAUUCCAGUUAGGUCUAACGACGGCUACCUCGCCCGCGAUAGAGCUGGAGUAUCUCAUCACCAACUCGGGAGCGCCUUCGACAAUAUCUUCCGGCUAUCUAGCUACCGACAGUGGCAGCAUUGAAAUGCCGUCUACCGCGGUGACAGAUGAGAAAUCACACUCGCAUGCCAGCCCAUCGGGAUCAUCCAUGCGAUCGCCUGCAACAGGCUUCCAGAACGGAGGAUCGUCUUCUCGAAGACACUCAUGGGUAUCAGCAGGGUCCAGCACGGGGUCUCAGGGGUCCUUGAGGGGUGACCCUCGCCUGCGCAUGGUGAUCAGGCAGCGGAGGGAGUCGCAAAACCUGCGCGAGUUGGGCGAGUUCCUGCGCAGCAAGACGCCGCCUCCCAGCAAUUACAUGUCGAGAGAAAACGAACCUGCUCCGGCUGCCGCGCUCUCCGAAUUGGCCAAGAAGAACAAGAAGUUUUCUUUCAAGGCCGUACUGGCCCGCAAGCCAGCGCGCGAAAGCAAAGGGAAGCAGAUUGCGCAGCCCCUGCAACCGAUAAAACUACCCGACACAGCCGUCGCGGGGAGGACGGCAGCAGGACAUCGACACAUUGCCAUCUCUAUCCCCGUCGAGCACUCGCACCUAGGCCCCGAGAUCAAGUCGCAGUAUCCCAUAUUCGAGCCCGAAAAUGCGCUGGCACAUCUCGACCCCAUUGAGUCAUAUUACAUUGACCAAGACGAGCCCCUCACUGGAAACGUGUUGGGACCAGUCCCCGAGGUCAGCGGGGAGUCCGACGAGAAUGAGCCGGACUUGAUCAAUACAUCGCAGGCGUCGUCUCCGUCGUCACCUUGUACCCCGCGGACAGCUGCAGAGAGUCAGUCCGACUUUUCUGCAGUCUCGCCUAGGCAUUUACGGUCCAUGAAUUCCGACGAUAGGUUCCCGAGCAAUGACAUGUACAGACCAUCCUCGUCCUCCGGCUACCCCCUCGAGUCCUGGGCAAGGACAGAGACGCCAAUGAGCGAGCUUUUCGUUACAGCACCAAACAGCGUAAAAUCGGUACCAUCGUCCCCAUUCGAACCCACCUUUUCGCAGCGCAGCGGCGUCCACCCGAAAGACUUUGUUGUUCACCGUCUGUCAGUAAAGAAGAAGGGCUUGGCAGCUCGCAAUCGACGCGAAAACCCCUUGAGGGAGAUGGAAACUGCCACGGAUUCUGACGACGGUAUAGGCGCUACUGCAGCGCAGCCAGCCACUGACGAGUCUACUAGCAACCAAUCGGCUGCUUAUUGGCAGCUAGAUUUAGACUCACCGCCGAAUACCGCUGUCUACACGCCGCCCGAACACCCCGAGGACAUCAUCCAUGACGAUCAUAGCUUCGGGCCAGCUUGGGAACGUGGGAGGAGAUUGCACAAUGCGUAUGACCUAGUCAAAGGCAUUGAUGCGCCCGGGGAAAUGAUCCCGGGAAGCCCAACGUCGCAAAGGACAAUCACCCCUCACCAGAGCAUCGACGACAUCUUUCAUAGAUCAAUCUCACCAAUGGAAAUAGCGCUAAGGGAACAGGAUUCUGGCCUUGGAAUUUCCACCGUUUACUCGUCAAAACAAUCGUCGGCCCGCAAAGCUCUGGCUCCGCUCAAAACCACCACCGACUUUAAUAUGGGCCAAGAGGCAGCAGAGCCCAAUGCAGUUGGUAAAAACGGCAAGGUCACUUUGGAGACGAAGGAAUUUCCUUUGCGCAGAGAACUACGAUUGUCUCAGGUCCUCGAACCAGGGCAGUCUACGCCCACGCCCUGGUCUGCGAAUUUGGAAAAGCAGGCACUCCAGAUGGAGCACGACGUCGAUGCCAUGCUGUCACCGCCACCUGAAGACAUAUUGUCGGCCUGGAGCGAGACCACACCGUUGUCCGCGGUUCUAAAAGAGCCCACGCCACCAAACUCACCCGAGGAUCCAGUCGAACAGGCAUCGGACAAUGAUACGCAGCAGUCGCCGAUCGAGCACAUGCUCAAGCCACGACCUCAGCAGUCCGCUGAAACCUCGACAACGCGUGGACUUCCACAGCAGGACCGCAUCUCGCUCACGCGGCGCAUCGAGCGGCGCAAGAAGCUUGCAGCGGCCGCGGCGGGGGCUCGCCAGGCUGAUCUGUUUGCGUCGAUCGCCGAAGUCGAAGCCAAGGCCAAGGCACUCCGAGAGCAGGACGCUAGCAGGGAAAGGCGCAAUAGUCUAGCCAAUCCCUUGGCCCCGCAUGCUGCUCCCUCUGAAUUUUCCCGAUCAACGACGGAUUCGGAGUCGGCGGACCAGCGCGUGGCGGAGAUGGAACGGCGCGUCAGACAGCUGGAGCAGCAGCUUGAGCAGAGCGGCGAGGCCUGGAUGGGAGCCCUGAUGCCGCUGCUUUCGACGCUGAACAAGACGCUCGAGGGCCAGCGGGCGCAGCAGGACAUGGCCGCGGAGAGCCUGCGGAGGCAGCGGAGGAGGUCGAGCGCGUCUGAUUUCGGGUUCGGCUGGGGUCGGUACGACGAGUCGGCCGAGGAGCCACAGGCAUCGCGUCGCAGAAACUCGACGCAAAGAUACCUGACAGAGCACGAUGAUGACGAUGAGCGUCUCUUCAUUUCCCGCAAAGGCGUAUCUCCUGCCCCGUCGAGGCAGUAUCGCGUAAUCACGCCGAUGGAGGAUGAGGAACAGGAUGCCACCACACAGGCUACGAUGCAAACGAUGCGUAGCAUGCGCAGGAGGAGCCUCGGCAGCACGAGCACCGGAUCCUUUUACGGGCACUCGCGAAAGCCCAGCACGGUCUCACAGGAUUUUGAGGAGGAUUACGACUGUGGUCCGAGGAGAGGGUUUGGUGGCGAGCCUCACUGGCAGGGUUUUGACAGGUACAGCCAGCAGCAGCAGCAGCAGCAGCCCACGGCGCGCCACUGGCGACAUCCCAGCAUCUCGACGAUUGGCACGGAGAGCAUGGGUUCUGCGUGGACUCCUGGCCAUGGCGCACGGCGAUCGCAGGGGCCGCAGUCGCAGGGCAAGUCGAGUCGGAGGGUGUCGUUUGCGAGCAGCAUGGAUUUUGAUCCGAGCAGAGAAGAUAAGAAGAAGAAGAAGAAGUCGAAGCGUAGGGAGUCGGUCGGUGGCGCGAUCGAUGGGGCCAAUAAGGCGCAUGAUUUGUACGGUCUGGGGACGUUGAUGAACGAGCUGAGGGAUGCCGCGAGGGUGAGCCAGGAAUUCCUCCCUGAGCGCGCGACCAUGACUGGCGAUGAUUACCUGGACUAGUUUGGAUUCGGAAUAUUAGGGGGUGGGUGAAAUAUAAGGGAGUUUGUCUUGUCGAAAAAAAGAAAACACACAAAAAAAAAAACAAAAAAAGCAUGGGUGUACAAGCACAGGAGUUUCGGAAAAAGGUGAAACGGCAAAGUCCAUUACAUGUAUUCUACAAGGCUUACAUAUUUUGCUUGGGGCCAGAGCAAAAGAAGAAAAAACGUGUUGUUGAUAUGUUAACUUAGGUACGUUUAUCCACAAUUUACUCC